CCCCCAGAGCCCACGCCACCCCCAGGAGUCUCCCCAGAGCCGCCUUCGCAGAAUGGGCGUCCCUAGCCCUACGCCGCUGAGUUCGCUGCUGCUGCUGUUGCUGCUGCUAAUACUUGGAGCCAGGUGCUACGCCCGGCAGGUGCAUGUCCCCAAGGGGCCUCUUUACCGAGUGGCUGGCACCGCUGUCUCUAUCUCCUGCAAUGUGAGUGACUAUGAGGGCCCUUCCCAGCAGGACUUCGAGUGGUUCAUGUACAGACCAGAGGCCCCAGCUACGUCACUAGGCAUCGUCAGCACCAGGGAUAGCCAGUUCUCCUAUGCUGUCUUUGGGCCUCGUGUGGCAUCUGGUGACCUGCAAGUGCAACGCCUGAAGGGAGAUUCCGUGGUACUCAAGAUUGCUCGCCUGCAGGCCCAGGACUCUGGCUUUUAUGAGUGCUACACCCCCUCUACGGAUAGUCAGUACCUGGGCAACUACAGUGCCAGGGUGGAGCUGAGAGUUCUUCCAGAUGAGCUGCAGGUGUCUGCUGCCCCCCCAGGGCCCCGAGGACGCCAGGCUGCAACCUCCCCCUCACGCCUCACAGUGCACGAGGGGCAGGAGCUUGCACUGGGCUGCCUGGCUCAGACCAAAACAAAGAAACACACGCACCUGUCGGUAUCCUUUGGGAGGGCCGUUCCUGAGGCCCCAGUGGGGCGAGCCACUCUACAGGAGGUAGUGGGACUGCGCUCCGACAUGGCUGUGGAGGCUGGAGCUCCCUACGCGGAAAGGCUGGCUGCUGGAGAGCUCCGGCUGAGCAAGGAAGGGACUGAUCGGUACCGCAUGGUGGUUGGGGGUGCCCAGGCCGGAGACUCAGGCACCUACCACUGUACUGCCGCUGAGUGGAUCCAGGAUCCUGAUGGCUCCUGGGUCCAGGUCGCAGAGAAGAGGGCAGUGCUGGCUCAUGUGGAUGUGCAGACACUGUCCAGCCAGCUGGCAGUGACAGUGGGACCUGGUGAACGUCGGAUUGGCCCAGGGGAGCCCUUGGAACUGCUGUGCAAUGUGUCGGGAGCCCUGCCCCCACCAGGCCGUCAUGCUGCGUACUCGGUGGGCUGGGAGAUGGCCCCUGCAGGGGCUCCGGGGCCUGGCCGCCUAGUGGCCCAGCUGGACACAGAAGGUAUAGGCAGCCUGGGCCCUGGCUAUGAGGACAGGCACAUUGCCAUGGAGAAAGUGGCAUCCAGAACCUACCGACUACGGCUGGAGGCUGCCAGGCCCACUGAUGCAGGCACCUACCGCUGCCUCGCCAAAGCCUAUGUUCGAGGGUCUGGGACCCGGCUUCGUGAGGCAGCCAGUGCUCGUUCCCGGCCUCUCCCAGUGCAUGUGAGAGAAGAAGGGGGGGUGCUAGAGGCUGUGGCGUGGCUAGCAGGGGGCACUGUGUACCGGGGAGAGACCGCCUCCCUGCUAUGCAACAUCUCUGUACGGGGUGGCCCCCCAGGACUGCGACUAGCAGCCAGCUGGUGGGUGGAGAGACCAGAGGAGGGCGAGCUGAGCUCUGGUCCUGCUCAGCUUGUGGGUGGAGUAGGUCAGGACGGUGUGGCAGAGCUGGGAGUCCGGCCUGGAGGGGGUCCCGUCAGUGUAGAGCUGGUGGGACCCAGAAGUCAUCGGCUAAGACUGCACGGCUUGGGGCCCGAGGAUGAAGGCAUAUACCACUGUUCCCCAAGUGCCUGGGUUCAGCAUGCUGACUAUAGCUGGUACCAGGCAGGCAGUGCGCGCUCUGGACCUGUCACAGUCUACCCCUACACGCAUGCUCUGGACACCCUAUUUGUGCCCCUCUUGGUGGGCACAGGAGUCGCCCUAGUGACUGGCGCCAGCGUCCUAGCUACCAUUACCUGCUGUUUUAUGAAGAGACUGCGGAAGCGGUGAUCUGUAGCCCCAGUUCUUGCAGGUGUCAGCUGUCUUCCAGCCAUUGCUACCCCUCCUCUGGUUGCCUGGAUACCCUCUCCCUCCGUCCAGCCCUCCUUUAAUUUAUUUGACCGGUCCCCACCUAGUGUGGGAGACAUGGCUCCCCUGUUCCCACCUUCCCUCAAGUUUCCUGGCCACUGUUCUUCUCACACUCAUGUUGUAGAAAGGCCAGUUCCUGUCCUCAAACUAGUUUUUCUAAAAUGUGAAUAAACUGGUUUUAUAAAAUCGA